AUGGCUAAGGUCUACUGGGCCUUGAACAUCCCAGCGAGGAUUCCCGAAUGGCAUUGGCUAUUAAGUGAGUAUUGGGAGAAAGAUGGUGGUCUACCCCCUACCAAGGAUGUUGAGAAAUGGAAGCAAUAUGACCCAGACUCAGAUGAUCUGCCUACCGAACGGGAUGAGUCCUCAACCGAACAUCCUGAAAAGUGGAAGGCUGAUGCUAGGUCUUCAAAAGAUGAAGCUAGAACCUCGUGGGCAAGGGAUGUGUCUCUAUUGAGAAAGAAGCCAAGACUUCCUUCUGUUGUGAUCAAGUUUUCUUUGAAAGAGGCAUCGUCUGCUGAGAAGACUCAAGUAGGAGCUCCUCCUUCGUCAUUUGCCAGGAUCAAGCACCUUGUCAGUGUGGAUAGUAAGAAGAUUGGUGGCAUGCAAAAUGUUCGGGGCAUCCUGCUCAAGUCUCUGACUGACAAGCUCAAAACUUGCAAUCUGCCUUGUAAAGAACUCAGCGAGUUGGAGAAGAAGAAUGUUGAUAUGACUAGCAAGCUCUCAAUCGAGCAGGUCCGCCAUGAAACAAGGAUGUUGGAAAUUAAGGAGAGCAUGUCUUUGCUGAAGAGUUCCCUUGCUAAAAAAGAUAAUGAACUCAACUCUUCUGUCGCUACUCUACAUAGUUGCAAGCUUCUAGUUGAGUUUGAAGCCUAUCACAAAGCUACUGAGCAAUCUAAGUCUGAGGUCGUUAUUGACGUAUACAAGCUGGGUUACAUGGACUGCAAGAGUGGGGUCGCUCCUUGUUAUUCCAUUGAAGAUGAAGACAUCGAGACAUUUUGCCUUGACAUGCCCUCUACUCAAAGUGAGCGGAUCAAUGUUGUGGACAUAGAGGCAGCCGAAGAGCAGGUGGUUAACAAGACUGUAGCUGAGGAGGAUGAUGUCGAGGCGGACACCAAAGAGGUCGCGGAACAUGGGUCUCCUACUAAAAUCUCGCAGUAG